CUGAAAGUCAAAACGCGCAUCUCUCGGAAGUGAAAAGAGCGACGGUAAACAUUCUGCCGCAGAAGGCAAAUUUUGCCCCCAAAAUAGUGAAUUUCAGUAAAAUUUGCGUUGGCUGAUCACAGUUAGACAACGAAGUUCAAUCGGGAUUCGCAAUGGAAGAAACGUUCGAGGAUAUUAUUUAUGAACAGAACAAAGAGGAGAUCGUUGAAAGCACUUUGGAAGUCGAGCAGGAUGCUGUUGAAGAGAACGAUCCUGGGAGGGCCAGAUUCACAAACGAAUUUUCGGUCUGUAAAAUGUUGUAUCGACAGCAACAGGUUGGAAAUACGAUAGAUAUGACCACGGUUAUAAGCUCUAAUUCGUACGAUGAAUUUGUCGACAACGUUUAUGAAUUAGUACAGCCGUUCGUAAAACGAGAGGUUGAGUUUGACGAGCAAAACCAACCGUUCUGGGCGGAACAUGAGUUUCCCACCAAGGAAGAUCUGCCCAGAUAUGUCGUUUUCAAGGAUAAGGUUCGCAAACGAAUCUACCGUUUGGGAGAAAUUAGCGAAAACAUGCUUAACCGGUGGCAAAAGCGAGAUAUUACACUCCAAUUGUAUAUAUAUUCGAAUAACAUCGAUUCGCGAGCCGCCUGGGAUUUAUUUCGGCAAGUGCUACUAGGCGAAGACACCAAUGAGGACGGCACCAAAAACGUCAUCACCCCGCAAAGGCUCGAAGAGCAUAGGCUCCAGUCCAUCGAAAAAAGACUGCAGAAAAUCCACCGGUCUCACCUGAGACCCAAUACAGAUGACGCCUACACGUUGUGGGCUCAGUCGAUAAUGAAACAAUCCGUCAAGAAACACAGAAAUCUUUGCUUAAGUGGACCCCCAAAGAAACUGCUGGAUCAUUUUACGUUCCUAAGAAACAGCAGCGUCCGGACACGAAAGAGCAUAUGGGGACCGGCCCGGCGAGGUCACACCGCCGAUGGGUACGGCUUCGAAGAGGAAGUUCAGGCACUUCGCCAAACAGUGAUCCAGAUCAAGGACCUGGUGGAAAUGUUGGACAGGAGGGUGGAAUUGCUGGAGGAAAAGUGCCACGGGUUCAGGCAAACGCGGGAAGGAGUUCCGGUCAAGAGGGGAAGGUACGACAGCGACGGCAGCGAGAACGAGGACGAAGACCAGGACGGGUCAGAGAUGGGGGAGCAAACAGAAGAACCGGCGAUCGAUGUGGCGUCGAUGGUGCAGGUGGAUCUUGAGCAGUCGGGAGGGGGAAGCGGAUUUCCGGAUCCGCUGUUUCCGGUGGAUUGUGUAAAGGAGGAAAACGAGGAGGUGGAAUCUGAUGGAUAGGUUUAGUUAGAUUUAAUGGUGAGUAAUAUAAUUCACAUGCUUUAAAUAGUAAGAUAAUCCUACGUUAAUAAUAGAACUAGAGUUUAUGA